CAGCACGGGGCCAGCAUUCUAUGAGGGCAGGGACGAUGGGGUGGUGAGCGAGUGGAGCAGCUGUGCCACAUCUGGCUGGUAUGUGCCUUCUGGUGCUGCAGAGAGAGGCGGUCCCUCUCCGUGCCACUGCUCCCUCCCAGCUGUCACCAUAGCAGGAGGAACCGCCCUCACUUUGGCUGGCAGCCGUUGCCCCCUCCCGGCGCUCCCCACCUUCCCACAGCUCUGCUACUCGACAGAUCAAAUCACUGCCCUUGUUGCAGAGCCACCAAGAUGUCAGAGAACAAAGGGGCGGCAGGCGCAGGUCAGCCCAUCGUCACCACGGAUUCUGCAGAUGUCAUCAAUGUGGUGGUGAAGACCCCGAAGCAGAAGGAGCACUUUGAGGUUGCCCAGAGCAGCACCAUCCAGCAGUUCAAGGAAGGCAUCGCCGCACGUUUCCAAACUCCCCCUGAUCUGCUGGUGCUGAUAUUUGCUGGGAAGAUCCUCAAAGACCACGACACCCUGAGCCAGCACCGAGUUCACAACGGAGCCAACAUCCACCUCGUCAUCAGAUCCCCAACCAGACCGCAGGACGACCUGGCAGACCAAGGAGCUGCAGCUGCUCUCGUGCAGCCUCCCAGCCACAGCGGCCCCAGUUUGUUCCUGGAGAGCGCAGCUGAUCUGCAGAGCCUGAUCUUGAUCCCCCAGAACCUGCCGGGGCUGUUGACCUCCAGCCAGGAAAUAGUGGCCCAGACCACGGAAGAUCUCUUGUUGAGGAUGAUCAACUCGGAGCUGGACAUGAACGCCAUCAACAACAACAUGUUCUUGCUGGGCUUCCUCCUGGGGGUGACGGGCACCAACAUCCUAGGGCUGGACUCAGCAGAUGUGUCGGAGGUGGUGAGCAGCAUCCAAGGCCCCGUGGUGUCCAUAGACAGCUUGCUGAGAGAGGUGGCACAGAGCUCCUUCAGGCAGAGCAUCCUCUCCAGUCCCAACCUGCUCAGUGAUAUCAUCGCAUCCAACCCCCAGGUGCAGCAUCUGGCUGAGCAAAACCCCGAGAUCAGCCGCGUGCUCACCAGCUCAGACACAGUCCAGGACAUCCUGGAGGCCUGCAGCAGCCCGGCUGUGAUGCAGGAGAUGAUAAGGAACCACGACCUGGCCAUGAACAACCUGGAAAGCAUCCCUGGGGGGUACAGCAUUCUGGAGCAGCUGUACCGAGAAAUCGAGGAGCCCAUCCUGGAUGCGGUGCAGGCACAGAUGGAGGACAGCGUGUUUGCUGGUCUGGACAGUAACCCAGCCCCAGGAGGGGCCAGGCUGCCCGCCUGCACCGAGAACCGCCGGCCGCUGCCCAACCCCUGGGAUCCGCAGCCCAACAGGGGCAGCAGUCGUGCCUUUGAUUGGGACGAGCACUUGGCCUGCAGCGGUGAUGGUCUUGUUGAGGUGAGCCUGGGCCCUGCAGUAGAUGUGGUGGAGCCCAGCCACGGAGGGGUGCAGAGCAUGGUGCAGCAGCUGGCAGAGAACUCGGAGCUCAUGCACGACCUGGAAAGCGCGAUAACAAACCCCGGCAGCCCGGUGCAAAUGCUGCUUAAUGGCGAUCACACACUGAGCGAUGGAAACUCCCCGCCUCAAAACCAGAGCACAGAGCAGCUGCCGUUGGAAAUGGAGAACGCGGAGAUCUCUUCGCUGCUGAGGAACCCCCGGGCGCUGCAGGCGCUGCUGCAGGUCCAGCUGGGGCUCAACACCCUCCGUGCAGAGGUGCCCGACCUCAUCCUCAGCCUGGGCAAGGAGCCUGUGGAGCUGGAGGGCAUGGACGGCUCAUCACAAAGCAGCGGGGUGGAGGAUGUGAGCCUGGUGUCGGAGCAGAGUGAGGAAGAAGAGCAGGCAGUGAUGGAUGAGUGGCAGCCAUAGGCAUCUCCGUGCCGUGGGCUUACAGGACCAAAGGCCAAAUUGCAUUCUGUGUCUGAUACAGGGGAGAGAUCAGCACAGCAGCUGAGGUGCUGGCAAAAGAACCUCCAUCCAAUGAGGUGCAGCAACUGGGUCAUCCCAGCAAUGAAACGAGUGUUUGUUGACCGUGUUUCAGUCUCAUCACACAUUAAAUGCAGCAAGGCACAUAC